GCAGGCCCGGAGCCGCUCGGUUCCGGCCUGAGAGCGGGGCGGGGUGGGGGAGGCGCGCGUGCGCGAUCCGUGGCCCCUGCCGGGCGCGGUCCUGCGGCGCUCGUGCUCCGGCCCCUUCUCCGCCGUUUUCCCGGGGCGCCGUGGGCGGCGAGGCUCUCGCGAGCGAGGACCGGAGGAGGUAGGCGUGGCGGCCCGGGAGCGGGAGCCACGUGACGAGCGAGGCGGAGGGCCGCGGCGCGGGGCGGGCGGCGAGGGCGCCCCCUCCCGGCGCGCCCGGGCGCGGCAGGCCGCCCGUCCUUGCGCCGACCCGUCACCCUCAGGCAUGGCCGAGCACAGAGAGCCCCGCGGCGCCGUCGAGGCCGGCCUGGACCCGGUGGAGUACACCCUGCGGAAGCGGCUCCCCCACCGCCUGCCCCGGAGGCCCAAUGACAUCUACGUCAACAUGAAGACCGACUUCAAGGCCCAGCUGGCCCGCUGCCAGAAGCUGCUGGACGGGGGCGGCCGGGGGCAGCACGCGUGCGCCGAGAUCUACAUCCACGGCCUGGGCCUGGCCAUCAACCGCGCCAUCAACAUCGCGCUGCAGCUGCAGGCCGCCAGCUUCGGCUCCCUCCAGGUGGCCGCCAACACCUCCACCGUGGAGCUGGUGGACGAGCUGGAGCCGGAGGCCGACAACCGAGAGCCGCUCACCAGGAUCCGGAACAACUCGGCCAUCCACAUCCGCGUCUUCAGGGUCACGCCCAAGUAACUGAAGCCGAUUCCCGCCCACCAGCUCGUGGUGCACACACGUCCGGGCUCCGUGUGGUUCCUAUGGCUCUUGUUCCGAGUUCUGUCACGGACCUCUUCUCAGAGCCGCGUGAGAAAAGACAUGUUCCCUCAGCCUCGAGGACUGCGAACGGAGGUCUGAGGAGAGAGUCUUCCUUGUCCUGUAUAAUAAAAGUACCGAGUUGUGUCGGUGCCAGGCUUCCGGUG